CGUGGAGAAGUUCUUGAAGGAUGAUCGCCCUGUCAGUGAUUGUAACGCUGAACUCCAGUAUCUCGGUGAUGGUGAUGGUAAAGAUGGUGAUGGUAAAGAUGUUGAUGAUAGCGAUGAUGGUGCUGGCGUUGGCGCCAAGUGAAGUUUAAUCCUAGGUUCAUUCCUGGCUUUGGAUUGACGGAUGGUGAAGGCAUGGAAGGGUUCUGGUCGUACCUUUCUUGUUAUGUCACACUCACUAGAAAUAUGGCUGCUGCAACCAGAAAGUUGACCUUAACCGACGGUGUGCGAUACUUUGCGUGGACGAAGAUGGAUAAGAUCGGUAAAUUUCUCUUGAAAAAGUGGUCGACGAACGAGAAGCUGAUUGCCUGCCUGGAGAGUGAUAUGAUGGGGGUAUCCAUGGAGGAGCUGAAGGAGAGAUGGGCUUGUGUUGUCGUAAAGAUAAUUGAUUCUAAGGAGAGAAUGAGAAGGAAAACUGGCUUGACAACACCACGUUUUCCUGCCUCGACCUUCGCUCGUGGGAAGUUGGUGGGCGAAGCUGAUGUCAGACGGAAUGCCGAAGAAGACCUUGAAAGAUACGUUUUUGUAUCUUAUUCAUAUGUCUUCUUAAAGGUUCGUAUUUGCAACGGUGCUCUUGAGCGUAGCGAGACCACUUGCAUCAAGACCGAGAUGAAGAGGACGUUGGACGAAAUGAGAUUCUUAGAGCAAGUGUUGAAUAGAGUAGAUUGUCGACCCGAAACUCUGCUUGACCCAUUGUUUGAUGGUUACCACCAAAGAGACUUUGCGUCAGUGGAGGAUAGGUUGCUUCAAUUUAUUUCCACUACCGCACAAGGGAUUCAUUUCCGACUUCGGUACCUUAAACUUGGAAAGGUUGGCCAAAAAAACCUUGAUGACAAGCUUGACGAUCUCAGACGUGAACAAGAAGAUCUCAAAAAACUUGUCACAGCCUACAACAAAUACAUUGGUACGUAAUUACGAAUUUCUUUUCAUUCGUUUGCAUAACCGUGUAUUUUAUUAUCUUAUAAGUCCACGCAAAAAAAAAAAGCAACAUCUUGACCACAAAAACAUCAUAAAAAAAUCAUAAACGGCGAUCUGAUCUAUCAGUAUAUGCAGAAACAGAUCGGCAUUAGCCUACCACCCACCAUCUUGACAUUUCAUCGACUUGAUAGGGCAAGAGAAGAAAAAGAAAUUCUAAAGGGCGAGAUAGCUAGGGUGAUUUCCUAUUGCUCUAAAAAAACGGAAUCUCUUGCCUCCGCAGUUCGAGAUGUAGAAUGUCUGCUACGCCUCUGUGAUAAUCUAGAUUCAC